UCCCUUUCCCUUUGGCAGCCAGCCAGCCAGCCGGAUUGCUAAAAUCUUCCUCUCUGCAGCUAGACGCAAAACUAUAACUUACCACCAUCCAAACCCUAAUAAUCAAUAAUCUCACCACUUAAACCACCACCGCCGCCAUGGACGACCCCCGAGCCAACGGCAAAUCCACUUAUGAGCACGACCACGACCACGUUUACAAAAAACCAAAGCUCUCUUCCUUCAUAACCGAAUCCGAAAUCCGACAAGAAUUCGGCCACCACCAACCUGGAAUAGCCCGAAUCAACAACGGCAGCUUCGGGAGCUGCCCGGCCUCCAUAAUUGCAGCCCAGAAGCGUUGGCAGCUCAAAUUCCUCCAACAACCUGACCACUUCUUCUUUAACCUCCUUCAGAAACGCAUCCUCCAUUCGCGUACCCUAAUCAAGAACCUCAUCAAUGCCGACGACGUCUCCGAAGUCUCCCUUGUGGACAACGCCACCACUGCCGCCGCCAUCGUCCUCCAAAAUAUCGGCUGGGCAUUCGCCCAAGGUCGAUUUCAGAGGGGCGAUGCCGUCGUCAUGCUCCACUGCGCCUUCCAAGCCGUGAAAAAAUCAAUCGAGGCCUACGUCACUCGCGCUGGUGGGUCCGUAAUCGUCGUCCGAUUGCCAUUUCCUGUUAAUUCAAACGAAGAAGUAAUCGCCGAGUUCAAAAAAGGCUUGGCCAAAGGUAAAGCCAAUGGUAGAAAUGUUAGGUUAGCCAUAAUUGAUCACAUAACGUCAAUGCCAUGUGUCGUGAUUCCCGUACGUGAAUUGGUAGAUAUCUGCAGAGAAGAAGGUGUUGACAAAGUGUUUGUCGAUGCUGCCCAUGCAAUUGGUAGUGUUCAUGUUGACGUGAAAGAGAUUGGGGCUGAUUUUUAUGUCAGUAAUUUGCAUAAAUGGUUUUUCUGUCCACCUUCCGUAGCAUUUUUGUAUUGUCGCCAAUCGCCUAUCUCGCACGACUUGCAUCACCCUGUGGUCUCACAUGAAUAUGGGAAUGGAUUGGCCAUAGAAAGUUCGUGGAUAGGGACACGGGACUAUAGCUCGCAGCUUGUUGUUCCUGAGGUUUUUGAUUUUAUUAGUGGCUUUGAAGGUGGUAUUGAGGGAAUUAGGAAAAAGAAUCAUGAUGCUGUUGUAGAAAUGGGACAAAUGCUAGCCAAUGCCUGGGGAACGAAUCUUGGGUCGCCUCCUGAAAUGUGUCCGAGUAUGAUUAUGGUUGGUUUGCCUGCAAGUUUAGGGAUUUUAAGUGAUGAGGAUGCUUUAUGUUUGAGGACUCAUUUGCGGGAUUGUUUUGGAGUCGAAGUUCCUAUACAUUAUCAGGCACCGAAAGAUGGCGAGGUUGGAACUAGGGAUUGGGAUGGUUGUACAACAGGAUAUGCCCGGAUUUCUCAUCAAGUUUACAACACGGUUGAUGAUUAUGUCAAGUUUAGGGAUGCAAUUAAUCAACUUGUCCAAAAUGGCUUAACUUCCAAGAUGCUUUCUCGCAAAAUAACAAGCCAGUUAACAGACUAGUGGAGGAGUCUUCCAUGGAGUAACUCCAUAUUUAUCCUAAUUCCAGAUGCCUGUGGCUCGUUUCCUUUUCUAAACAAUUGAAUUCCGAAUUUUGUGGUACGUAUUUGCUGAAGAAGCUAUGGAAGCUUUACCACAGAAGCAUAACGGUCUUUUAGUUGCUUUACUAGCAUCAUGUGAGGCCCUGCUUAUAUAUGUCUCAAAUGAUUGCCGGUGAAAUAAACUUGUAAAUGUUGUGAUUCAGCAAUUCAAGAAAUUUCUACUGAAGCAGAAUUUUCUGCCUCGUUGCUCUGGGUCGUUUGUUCAUGUUCAACGAGUUUCUGCUGAAUUCGAAUUCCCUUGGAAGAUUACACAUACUUUUCUGUAUGUUACAUAGUCUUUUUGUUGCUACUUCCACCAAAUCUUAAGCCGAGAAGGUUGAAAAUGGAUCUGUGUGAUUCCAACAUGUUGACAAAAGGCUGCAUGAAUUUUUUCUUUGCAUGUAGAUCGAUCCAGCACAAAAUGGUUG